AUGUCGGCUACUCCGCAAGUUGUCAGGCUCAUUUACGCUUGUUACCAAUGCAAUGAAGUAAAGUCUGAGGGUCGCAAUCUACGAUUGCAUCUGCUGACUGAGCACGAGAUUGAAGUACCAGCCAUGAAACGAGGACAGCGCCAUAGAGAUACAAAGGACUUUGUCUUUGUAAAGUCAACAAACAGCCAGAUCCCAGAGAGAUUCGCGUGCCCAUCAUGCUUGAGUCACUUUGGAGACACUGAAGACUUCAGAACACAUGUCGCCAAGCACACAAAGCAAACAGAUGCCACCACUAUCAUCCUCAGCAAGCGCAGCAACAUCAACAGUGUACAGGUGUUCUCCAGCAAAAUUGGCCCAAGCAGAGCAGAGAUCCCAGCAGAACGCGCCGCCAAGUUCAUGUUUACUCGUUUUGUAGACACAUGCACGUCUGCUGUACCGCCUUCCUCGACCAGCAAAAGGGAUUACGAACGAACGUUUUGGCUUGUCGACGGAAUGGGCUACGAUCAUUGGGGAUUCGAAAGAGUGGCAUUGGAGGGAUCAUCUGGAUUAUCAAAUGCAUCUAGUGACAAGGUUAUUGACGACGCUACCAAGCAGAUUAGCACGUUAAUCAGCAUGAUGAAGCGAAUCGCAGGCCACCACCUCAAUUCUGACGUGCAAAGCUUUAUCAAUACCAAAGUCUAUGGAAUCCAGAGCGUCAAUUCCACCGUCAUUCUGUCUGAAGUUCGCUUCCUAUUCGACGGCAAGUAUGAAUACAAAGAAAUCCGAUCUGCUCAGGUGCCUACCAUUUAUGGCGAAAGAAAUCGAUGGCCCAAAAUUUUCGAGAUCCUGUGCUAUUUGGAAAUGGAGUUACAGAAGCAAAAGCUGGUGUACGAGAUUAUGGAAAAUGAAGAGCAAGGACUGACUACAGUGCUUCCAGAAAACUCGCUCAAGAACAAGCUGCCAACGGACAUUGAGUAA